UGCCAUGGUGUUACGCAAGUACAUACUUGGAUUGAAAUGUUAUGUACUUUUAAAAAAAAAAAAAAGUCUUCAUGUUCUCGUCGUCUUUCAAACAGGCAUGGACCACUCCUACGUAUGCAGCGUUUUCAAAUUGAUAUACGAGAAUAUCUACUUUCGAUCACGUGUCUUGGGGCGAGUAAGUGGGAUAGCGCGUCAUCUCGCCUUCCCAAAUUUUUCUUCUGUUCGGAUCCAAAGCAUUCAUUUUGAUCCAACGGAGAACCGAAGGGAAUAAUGUUUAACUCUUUCAAUCUAGGUAACUUCUGCACCCAGUCUCAUAAACAAAGGACUUCCGAGUUUGGAGAGCGGGCAGGCUGCGCCUCAAAACUCUAUCUCCCCAGCACCUAUUACACCCCAGAAUUUUCUGCCGUUUCUUCGUUUUUACCACAGGCCCAGUCACGGCAAAUCACUUAUUCCUAUUCCACUAACUUCACGCAAGUUCCGCCAGUCAGGGAUUUAUCAUAUGAGUUGAAUCCGCUGGGUAAGUGGCACCACAGAGGGAACUAUUCAUCUUGUUUUGCGGAGGAGGACAGAGAUUGCCUUCCGCCGUCAGCCACCAUGACAGAAAUGUUUAUGAAGAACGAAAAUGUCAACAGUCACCACCACUAUCACCACCACCAGGGUAACCAUUCCAGCACUGGCUUUUACUCCAGCAUUGGAAAGACCAACGUUUUCCCGCAAAGUUUUGGUCGUUUUUUUGACUGUUCCCAUAGCGGACCAGAUGGUGGACUGGAAGAUAACUGUUUACAGAAAGGCUCUGGAAAGCCUGAGCCCGCUUCUCAAGUCCUCCGCAGUGCUGUAGAUGUAGAGAAAGAGCACGAGAGCGACAAAAACACAACCUCGGGUUCUUUUGAAACCUCUUCGGGGACAAAAAACGACAACCAAACCAAAUCCGCUGCCCUACGAAUGAGGAAGAAGCGAUGUCCAUACACCAAGUUUCAGAUCCGAGAACUCGAGCGAGAAUUCUUCUUUAAUGUUUAUAUCAACAAAGAGAAGCGGCUUCAGCUCUCCAGAAUGUUAAACCUUACUGACCGACAGGUCAAAAUUUGGUUCCAGAACAGAAGGAUGAAGGAAAAGAAGUUAUGCCGAGAUCACCUGCAAUAUUUCUCUGGAAACCCAUUGUGAACUGUGAACUUUUCUUCGAGGGACGAAAUGUGACUUUUGAAAGGAAACGGAACCGAUCAUUUGUUUUUCUUAGCCUACUUCAGUGAAUGUUUCUCCGAGAUAUACUGGCGUGCAAAUAGAAACGAAUAUUUGCAUUAACUCGGAGACAAAGAAAAAGCAUGUUUCGUUAUUUUGUAGUAUAUUACAAUGAGAUUGUAAGAUCAUACACCAAAUAGCAAAAGUACUCAUUAUUAUUACGUUGCUGCUGCCGGCUCUGCUUCAUCAGGAUGUGAACAACUGCAGUAUUUAAUGUCUCUUAACACCACUGUAUUGUUUGCGUUUCCCAAACUGGAAAAAGGGUUACAUACAAUUGCAUAUGCAUAAAUAUUUGAAAAAAAAUAUAACUCGUAUGUUAAAACAGCCCAGUACAUUACAAUCAGAUAUGAAUAUGUAUGACUAAGAAUGUUGUUUUUCCGAUAAUUCAAGAUAAGAAUCAUCGGAUUGUCCUAUUUAAACAAUACAUUAAUAAUUUGUCAUAUUUGUUGGUAACUCUUGUGAAAAAGAAAUGCGCUUAAUUGUACUGAAUGUGAAUUUGUAGUGUACUUCAAAUCUUAAAAGUACACUUUAAAAAAAACUAAUUACAAAUUAUAUAAUAUUAAUAAAAGGCCAUUUAAGUAUACUUAGAAGAGUUCGCUUUUUAAAAGUGCACUUUGUAAUAACGUCAAAUUGAACAUUUUACUUUAAAGUAGAUUUUCAGUCAUUAUGUUGUGAUAAUCUUGUCAUCCUGCUAUAAAGAAGUACAGUUAUUUUGAUGUGUUUCCAUAUUAAAGCACAUAAAGUACUUGAUUAUUACUAAGUGUUAGGCCUAUUUGAUAUACAUUUGAAGAAGUGAAAACAUACUGAAUUUAAUAUAAUGUACUAAAUUACAAUUUCGUCAUUACAAAUCCGUAAUUACACUUAACAUGUCAUAAAAGCAUAAAUAUAAAUGGCAUUAAAGUAUAUUUUAGUUUACCACAAAUACUUGUUAGUAUCCGACAGUACACUUUAACUAUAUAUCAAAUAGAAUUAUGAAAUUACAUAUAAAGUAUAAUUAACAUAUAUAAAACAUAAUUGUACUUAAAUCAACUAAUUGC